UGCUGGCAAGUUGCGUUGACGACGUACCUACCAAAAAGGCAGCGAUACCGAAUUUUCAUUUCUGAAAUUCAGCGUUAUUAUUCGGCUUUAAAAGUACAGUUUAAAGUUUCACAUGAUACAAAUCAUAAAAUAUUUGGAAAAAAGAAAGAAGGCUUCUACAGGAAUUCUUACCUAAAAAUUAAACCUCCAGCAAAAUGGGUAAAGCUAAGAAAGGCAAAAAGAACCAGACGGCUGGUGAUAGUGAGAGCGACGUAGAAAAAACUACAAUCGAGAAUUCAAAACACUCUCAAAACAAGGGAAAGAAGAUUGUAGCAUCUGAUGAGAGUGAAGAUGAAAAACCAAAAGUAAAUACUAAACAGAGGAAAUCAAUAGAAACAGAUGUGAAGGAAGUUACUAAGAACAUAAAAAAUGUAUCUAUUUCCAACAAGUCUCAAAAAAAGAAGGUGGAUGUCAGUAGUGAUGAAGACUCUGAAGAUGAGGUUGUUACAAAACCUAAGAAAGGUAAGAAAAAAGAAGAGAAAAGUGCGUUUUCUCUUCUUCAAGUUGAAGAUUCUGGCGAAUCUGCUCCUGAAGCUCAUUUUUCAUCUGGAUCUGAUGAUGAACUACCAGUUCAAAAACCACAAAAGAAAGCUACUCAAGAAAAGAAACAACCAGCUGGAAAGAAAGGCAAAAAAGCUAAAAGAAAAAAGGAUGAAAGUGACGAAGAUUUAGAAAAAGUGCUAGCAGAACUUGAAAUGGAAUAUUCAGGGGUUAAAAAAGAGAUUGUACAACCUCCAGCUCCAGAGGUUGAAAAGCCACCAGAAGAAGAAAUUGAACAAAAGCAAAAAACUAAGAAGAAAGGCAAGAAAGAAGUUUCGGCUGAAGAAGCUAAUGAGGAAGAAGAAAAAGAAAGUGACAACGAGAAUGAUAUAACAAUCAAAACUGCUGCACAAAAGAAAAAAGAAAAGAAGGAAAGGGAGAAAUUGAAAAAGCUCGAAGCUAAAAAGAAAGAACAAACCAGUGUGAAAAAAGAGCCCUCAGAAAUCAAAACACCAGCUGUGACUGAAAAAGAAGAGACCAAGCCCAAGGAAGUAGAGGUUAGUGACCCAAAAGCACCAUCAGAAGAAAAAGAAGGUGAAGGUGAUAUUCCUGUAGAGGGCAAGAAAAAGAAAAAGGGAGAGAAGGCUGAAAAAGAUGAUAAGGGUAAAAAAGGACCAACUAAAAAAACGAUUGCUGCUAUGCAAGAGGCAUUAAAAAAAGUAAAAGAAGAAGAGGAGCGUCUUAAGCGUGAAGAAGAAGAAAAAAUUAGACAAGAAGAAGAGAGAGAAAGACAAAGACUUGAAGCAAUAAGGUUGGAAAAAGAACGCAAGGAGAGAAAGAAGCAAAAGGAAAAGGAGAGAAAAGAAAGACUUAAGGCUGAAGGUAAGCUACUUACUCCAAAGCAAAAGGCUGAGAAAGCUAGGGCACAAGCUAUGUUGGAAUCAUUGAAGGCACAAGGUAUUGAAGUUGGAUCUGUUGAAAAAAAACCACCUAGACUAGGAACUAGAAUAAAGCCUAAUAAGUUAAAGACACAAAUGUCACAAGAAGCUCCAGCCACUCCAGUUGAGGACAAAAAAGUGGAAUUAGAAAUUAAAGACAAGAAGGAAGAACCCCCUAAAGCAGAGCAAAAGAAAGAGUCUGAUGAUGAGUCUGUAAAGGAUGCUUGGGAUGCUGAAUCUUCUGAGGAAGAAGAAGAACCUGCUAAACCAGAAUCAACUCCUCAACCAGAACAUAAACAACCAAAGGGGCAAGAUCCCUCAGCAGAAAAAACUAAGGAGGAAGAGAGCUCAGAAGAGGAUUCUAGCUCUGAUGAAGAAUCUAGCUCAGAAGAAGAUUCAGAUGAUGAACAAAUGACAGAUGCACAGAAGAAGAGAGAAGUUAUACUAAAGAGGUUAGAGAAACGGCGUGAAGAGAAUGAAAAGAACAAAAUUAACAAUCCUCUUCGUGCAGCAGUAGUGUGUGUUCUUGGACACGUAGAUACCGGAAAAACGAAGAUAUUAGACAAGCUUCGACGGACUAAUGUACAAGAUGGUGAAGCGGGUGGUAUUACACAACAGAUCGGUGCAACUAAUGUUCCAAUUGAGAAUAUCAAAGAGCAGACUAGGCAUGUGAAGGGGGUGAAUGAAAUAGCAUUUAAGCUUCCCGGUCUCCUAAUUAUUGACACACCUGGACACGAAUCUUUUAGCAACCUCAGGAACAGGGGCUCAUCACUAUGUGAUAUUGCAAUUCUUGUUGUAGAUAUUAUGCACGGUCUGGAACCGCAGACAAUUGAGUCAUUGAACCUACUGAAACAAAAGAAGACACCGUUUAUAGUAGCAUUGAACAAGAUAGACCGUCUGUAUGACUGGCAGAGUGCUCAAAGAAAAGAUGUGAGAGAUAUAUUGAAGAUGCAACAAUCGAAUACUCAGUUGGAAUUUGAGAAACGUAGCAAGCAUGUGAUUUUGGAAUUUGCUGAACAGGGUUUGAAUGCAGCACUAUUCUAUGAGAACCCAGAUCCUCGGACAUAUGUGUCCCUGGUACCAACUUCUGCCGUGACUGGUGAGGGUAUGGGCAAUUUGUUGGCAAUGAUCGUGCAAGCUUGUGAGGGACCCUUGCAUAAGCGACUGGUUUUCUCACAACAGUUGCUUGCGACUGUGCUCGAGGUAAAAGCGAUCCCCGGGCUGGGUACGACGAUAGAUACUAUCCUUAUCAACGGAACCCUCCACGAGGGUGACACAGUGGUCCUGGCUGGGACGGACGGACCCAUCGUAACGCAAAUACGUUCCUUACUCAUGCCGCAGCCCAUGAAGGAGCUUAGGGUUAAGAACGCGUACAUAGAGCACAAAGAGGUGACGGGCGCGCAAGGUGUGAAGAUCGCAGCCAAGGAGCUGGAGAAAGCCAUCGCGGGCCUGAACCUGCUGGUCGCGCAGAAACCUGACGAGGUCGACGUGCUUGUGGAAGAAGUUGCGAAGGAGUUGAAAUCUGCGCUGUCUUCUAUAAAGUUGUCGGAGCGCGGCGUGUACGUGCAAGCUUCUACGCUCGGGUCUCUUGAAGCGUUGCUGGACUUCCUGAGGACUAGCAAAAUUCCUUACUCCGCGAUCAGGAUAGGUCCCGUGGUGAAACGUGAUGUGAUGAAAGCGUCUGCAAUGUUGGAACACGAUUCGCAGUACGCGACCAUACUCGCCUUCGAUGUCAAAAUUGAACGCGAUGCCCAAGAGCUCGCUGAUCAGCUCGGCGUGAAGAUCUUCGCUGCGGACAUCAUCUACCACCUGUUUGAUAAGUUCACGGCCUACCGCGAGGAACUGAAGGCGAGGAAGCGAGAGGAGUUCAAACAUAUAGCGGUCUUCCCGUGUAAACUUAAAAUCCUGCCACAGUUCGUGUUCAACUCAAGAGACCCCAUCGUCGCCGGUGUCAUGGUGGAAGCCGGGAUCCUUAAGGAAGGAACGCCCAUCUGUGUGCCGAGCCAAGAGUUUGUGGAGUUGGGGCUGGUGACUUCCAUCGAGGUGAACCAUAAGCAGGUGGAAACAGCGCGCAAAGGUCAGGAGGUGUGCAUCAAGAUAGAGCCGAUACCCGGAGAGUCUCCCAAGAUGUUCGGCAGACAUUUUGAUGAAACUGACAUGCUCGUCAGCAAGAUAUCCCGCGCCAGUAUCGACGCCUGCAAGGACUACUUCAGAGACGACCUGAUCAAGACCGACUGGCAGCUGAUGGUGGAACUGAAGAAACUGUUUCAAAUUCUGUAAAAAUGUACAAUACGUUUCUCUAAGGACAGCUUGUACGCAAUAUCCGUAUAGAACGCUGGCUGGAUGGCAUUUUAAUAUAUGCUGUGUAUAUGUGGCCCUGUCAUUCUGACAGCUAAUUGACAGAUUGACAGCAAUAAUAUUGGUGCGAUAUGUUUUUUGCGUGUAAAUCUACGGCAGCCGAUCCAACUAGAGUCAUCCGUCGAAUCUCAUCUCCCCUCAGCAACUGUUUCCUAAAUUAUUUUCAUUUAUUUAAAACAUGCACAAGUACAAACAUUUCGUUUGUUUGUAAGAUGAAAUGCUUUAUCGUAACCUUUUUUUUAUACCUACCUACCUAAAUGUAGUGGUUCAGUUUACCGAUAUUGUUUAAGAUUAAAAAAAAAGGUGGCGAUAUUUUAUGAUUAUUACUUCACAUUAGCUCUUAUAUUACGGGUCUUCAUACUAAUCUGACGACGUAAGCAGAUAAGACCAUUUACAUCUUUCGCUUCUCAAAUUCAUGAAACUCUUCUAUUGCGCUAACCGUUAACACGAGCGUAAUAAAAUUUAAGCAGAUUGCUCUCUCGAUCUUCAAAUGUUUCUUUCAACAUCUCUUCAAUUAACUUCAUGUUAACGUUCUUUUUUUUAAUGAAAAUAAGGGACUAGACGAGCACGACGUUCAGCUGAUGGUAAUUGUUGCGCCCUGCCCAUUACAAUGCAGUGCCGCUCAGGAUUCUUGAAACCCCCAAAAAUUAUGAGCGGCACUACAACUGCGCUCGUCACCUAAAUUCUAUUCAUUCUAUCAAUAAGUCCAUACUUACGCAACACACACUUUUUCGCACAAUACAGUGUUAAGUGGCAUUUCUUUGGAUUUGUCGGAAUAAGCAGCUGAUAUCUGAUAAUUUUGCCAAAAACCAUCUGUCUACAGCAAAAACCCCCUCCGAGGCAAUAAAUGCGCUAAACAUCAUAAUGACAACUAUGACAAACACUAUCUUUGACUCAUUUCAUCUGCAGUCCCCCUGAAAACGAGAUCUGGAAAGGUCUUGAAACGUCGGGUUAACUAAAAUAAAAAUGUAACGUUUUACGCAAAAAACUAAUAGAAUGACAGUUACUAUUACACGCGUUUUAAUCCUUUAAGAGUGUUUUAUUUUUCUGUUUAUUUCCAGAAUACACACAGAGUAGGAUCGCAAGUCUUCAUUAAUUAAAAUGUCUCUUAUGCACAAGCGCUUACGACAGUCAAUGAAAGUUAUCAAGAGAGAGAGAGAGAGAGAGUGAAUGAGAGAUAUGAGAGCGUGUUCGUUAGUUCGGUGUAGUUGUUUGUACAUGUCUGAAUAAUGUACAUGUAGGAUACAAUCUGUUUCAAUUAUCGCCUUAAUAUCUAUAUGAUAUAAGUUGCAUAAUCCAGUCAAACUGAUAAAAAUGUUAACCAUUAGAGUAUUUCUCAAUAACUAUUUGUCACUGGUUAGGAAGGGAAUCUGUUAGAUAUUAAAAUUCUGUAUUAUACUAAUUGCCUAUCGCAGUUACGAUUUCGUCUUCACGUAGUCCUUUUUCAUAAUGGCGGAUGUUUCAAUAAAAUCUAGUAUUUUUGAAGUUACGAUCAUUUAUUUUCGCAUUAUUUAAAUAUUGCAUAUAAUGUAAUAUAUUAUAAACACGGCGCAAACUUCCCAAUGACAUAACACCGCGCGGCGCAAAGAAGUCCGCUCGCAACAGAACCUGUGAGUGUAGUGUAAUGACGUCAUAGCGUUCAACUAGCCUGCUGCGCAGUGUCUUGCUAUUCAACCUAAAUAUGAAAUUAAUAUAAUUACGAAAACUAUACUUCGUAUCCAAUUUUUUAACAUAGUAUUUUUUUUAGUAGAGAGAUUUGCGCAUGCAAAAGUAAAAAUUUAUAGAUUUUUCAUUUUAAUAAAGCCCGUACAAGUUUUCAUCAGUUUUACAUUGCUUUGUAACAAAUGUUUGAAAAGUUUAGUCAAUCUGCAUUGUACAUAUUCCAUUUGAAACUAUUUAUUUUAAACACGCAUGUUCCUACCAACCGCCAAUGUCUCCAUUACUUGACUCAGUAACUAGGGGCUUAUUACCAGUAUGAAGCGGUGUGAACUAGUUGUAGACACGAAUGUAUAUAAAUGUAUUGAUGAUGAUCUGCGAAGUAAUUAAAUCGAAUCGAAGUGGUUACGAUAUUUGUAGGAGAUUGAUAGUAUUAAUUAUAUUAUAUUUAAUAGUUUACAUCUAGCUUCUUGCUAAAAGCUUCUAGUCUUUAAAAAUAUGAAUACAAGACAAUUUUCUAUUCAUUACUCUGUGGUACAAACCAUAUUUAUUACGCUGCCCGUAAUUGUUAUUUUUCGUGCAAUUAUUGAAACGUAAUUCCGACCUAUAAUUGUUGUAUUAAAUCUUAUAUAUCAUGAUUUAUUACUCAAUUUGACACAUAUAACUACGUCACAAUAUUGUGUGUCUAAAUAUUAGUUCAAUAAGACUACUCAUCAUUGUACUCUCAUGAUUGGACCCAUAAAUAAGAUACAAAGGAGCUGUUCCAAAAUGGGUCAUGUCUUUUUACCUUUACUAGAUAAUAAAGCAUCAGACUACACAAAAAAACUUAGUGUUGUUGGCAAUACAACUGUUGUAUUUCCAACAUUAUUUUCUCGCAUCGCACGCCUGCAGUGUAGUGCUUGCUGUGCCGUCGUUGAUAAUUAUCGUACGACAACCGUGUUACUGUCGAUCAAGUUCUCCAAAAAAAACGAGUUUUCAUCCAUUUCCAAACACGAGAAAUGGCGAAAAAUGUUUUAGAUAUGUGUGUUGAAGAAAGGCAGAACAUAAAUUUGAGAUUUAAUUAUUCGGUUAAAAUUGUAAACUUAAAGCAUUGUUUAAAUUUAUCGACACAAUCAUCAUUAUGGUCAUCAAUUAUAUUUAGGUCACAGCACUAUCGUAUACCUGAACUCUGCAUUCAACUCAUGCGUUAUCUGUAUCUUAGUAGAAUUUCUGGAACAACUCUUUGAAAACUCCUUUCUAACAAUCGUAUGGUCCGCGAGAUACCAUACCCUGAUGUCGCCGCGACUCGACUCCUCCACCGACAGAUGUCCAGACGAUACGGAGCUUAUCUAUUUAUUGUAAAUAUUUUAUAUCGAGAACCUUCAGCUGGCGUAGAGGUUUCUAGUCGUGAGUCAAGUAAGGACGCGUGCGGUUGUGUUUUAUGUAAUGUUGUCCCAUUUUGAAUGCUUUGUAUUAUAUAGAUGGAAUCGGAAAUAUUCUUAUAUUGAAUAAAUUUUAUCAAAUUA